AUGUCCUUCGUGCCUCUGCUGUACCCUAUGCUGAGGGUUUACAGCCCCAUGGAGCUGUGCGAUAUCUUCUGGCGUGUGUCUCUUCUCUCUGUUUCCUUGCCUCGUGCUGCUGCUGCUGCUGCUGCAGCUGCUGCUGCUGAGCUGCACCCAACAGCAGCAGCAGCAGCCCUUGCUGCAGCAGCAUCUUCAGCAGGCGUGCCAGCAGCAGCAGCAGCAGCAGGACCAGAGAGAAUCUCUGCAUUCAAGAAGGAGCUGCUGCUGCAGCUAACACGCAAGCGUCACACGCUGCAGAGACAGCUGGGCUUGCUGCAGCAACAGCAGCAGCAACAGCAGCAGCAGCAGCAGCAGCAGCAAAUGCCACCGCAGCAGCAGCUACUUCUGGACAUCGUUGAUUGCUUUUCAUUUGAAGAAGUCGAAAUUCUGCUGCAAGUAUUCGAAGCCGUCGGCAUGGACGACAGCCAACUGCAAGCAGCACUGCAGCAGGAGCUACAGCGCAUUGCUUCUUUAACAAGAGGCGCCUCUAGGGUUUCUGCUCCUCGCCGCCGCAACUUCACGAAGAAAGAGAAGAGGGUGUCUAUGACAGACCCCCUCGCCUCCUAUUCGUUAACAGUUGAACCCUAA